GUCGGAUAAUCAUGCAGCGACAAUAUCAUCAGUGUUGGUGACACUUCUUCUGUCCAUAGUUUUCCUCUUAUAUAUCAUUUGGAAGAAAAGGUUAGCAGCUAGGAAACCCUCUACCCAGCCUCGGACAUUCCAUGAGGAACACAAUGACAGGGGAAACGUCCAAGAAUCAAGACCCGUGAAUCGGCAACCUCUUACUCCGGAUCUCCUGGCAAGCCACCAACCUUCAGCGAGAAGGUCUAAUACAUACAUGACACCCGAACCAAUACCCCCCCACACAUGACCUUGUACGCAACGAGUACCAGGAAUAUGGUGGGUGGAACCACUCUGAUUAUGGAAUGCCUCCAUCGGGGAGCGUGGAUUCCCGAGACACUGGCAUACAUCACCCAGAUCCACCACCACACUAUUCCUGCCCCACGAAAGAAGCUGAGGUGAGCGGAAACGACGAUUACCAUGAAUACGGUCAAAUAGACGAAGCGAUGCCAUAUCGGGAUGGGGGCACACCAUUGAAUGCGAGUUAUUGCGACAACCUCUAUACAGAUUCCGAUGAUGUCACAUACUUCACCCUUGAAACCCAAGUUGCAGAUGUUGAUGUUAGUUCGGACCUGGGAAUUGAGGAAACAAGUUUCAACGGACCUACAGCCGCCGAAUCCAAUUCUACUGAAUUGAAAGUGAGUGGUCAACCACGGGGAUUCCAAAUGAGAUCAUCGACAGUGAAUGGCAAAUCAGAAGCAAGAGGACUCGGUAAAAAGUCGGUCAAUCACUAUCAAAAUGCAGAGAUCGCCGCUGAUUUCGACACCACCGUCAAUGAGCUCCAAACGGUCAGUCAGACCAACGAGGUGCGAGGCGCUGAUAAAUUUGAGACUGGAGAUGCUAAUCUCCACGAUGAAUUUGAAUAUGAUUCUUUGAACUUUAGGCCACCUUCAGACUUAAAAUCGAGAGUGUCCAGCAAACUUAACCAAGAGCAAGAGUCACUAGAGGAAGUAGCUGAGAAGAAUGUAUACGGUGUGUUAGAGCUGCCGAAAUCUGCACAUGUGGUUGACAAGGGAAAAGACAUCCUGCAUAACGACAACGUCUAUGGUACCUUAAGUGAAACUGGAUCAGGCGUGGACCUUCAGAAACCAGAAGGGGGAAUAGCGGCUAAGCCUACUGUGCAGAUGGCUUCUGAAGUCAAGAGUCGAAAGAACAGGAAGACUAAAUCGAAAAGUGAUCACGCGUUUGGGAACACGGGCAGAGCUACAUCAACCCGGACCGGCAAUGGACAACAUGGCAAGACGGGCUAUGGCGGACGUGCUGCCUCAAAUACGUUGGCGAAGGCGAUGAAACCCCCAAGAAAGCUUGGUAAAAUAUGCACAUCUCCUCGUGGAAAUACCCAGCUUCAUACUGAUAAGGAAGAUGAACAUAAAUCGAUUCCACAGAUACACGAGUCUGAAGGAAUAUACGAAAAUGGGUCUUACCCAGAAGGUACGUUUCAUGAAGAACACCCAGUUUACCAGAAUUCUGUUUGCUUUGAGGCUAACAUAGCUAAAGACUCUCACAUAGAUCAUGUGAUUAUAAAUGAGGACGCCUAUGCCGUAGUGGGCCCUCGUGAUAUAAAGAUGUUGGAUUCUGAGGACUAUGAUUCGAUCUACUCCAAUUUGAAUUAUUAAUUUUCCUAAAGAACGAGCAAAAUUA